CUUCGGCUUCCUUUCUUUACACUUUCCCCGCAACGCUGCUCCCGGCCACAACUCACGAAGGAAACCAUGUCUUCCAUUCCAAAGAAGCGCCCAAAACCCAAUGCUAAACCGCCGCCUUCUUCUUCUUCGACUUCUUCGAUGAGCUCUCUGAUGGAACCCCCACAGAGUUUCUUUCCCUCCACCAACGAGUUCCUGAGGCUUGUGGCCGUGCUCGCCAUCGCCACCUUCGUCGCUCUGGGCUGCAACCUCUUGGCCACCACUUUCAACCGCCAACCUAAGCCCUUCUGCGAUAGCGGCGACUUAGACUCACAUGAUGCAAUCUCCGAUUUCUGUGAGCCUUGUCCAAGUAACGGAGAAUGUUAUCAAGGCAAGUUGGAAUGCAUGCGCGGUUAUACACAGCAUGGGAAGUUCUGUGUAGAAGAUGGAGAUAUUAAUGAAACAGCUAAGAAACUUUCGGAGUGGGUAGAAAUUCAUCUUUGUGAAGCAUAUGCUCAAUUUUUGUGCGAUGGAAUUGGGACAGUUUGGGUCUGUCACCUUGGCCAACCUCUCAACCUCAUCAGAAUUGGUUCUAUAUUGUUGUGUUAUUAUAGACCAGUGAAUGCAAUGUGCUUGAGUUCUGUUGACAACAUUUGUAGUUCUAAUUAUAUACCCCAUUUUCAGGUAAGAGAGGAUGAUGUAUGGAAGGAGUUAGAUGGACAUGAGCUGAUGAAAAAUGUUGGCUUGGACAGUGCGACCUAUAUGUAUGCAAAACAAAGGGCAAUGGAUGCCGUUGGCAGGUUAUUGGAGACAAGGACAAAUCCUCGUGGGAUCAAAGAGUUGAAGUGCCCAGACUUGUUAGUUGAGCGUUAUAAGCCAUUUCCCUGUCGCAUCCGUCAGUGGCUAAUUGAGCAUGCUCUUAUUAUUUUUCCAGUUUGUGUGCUGUUUCUCGGAUGCACAAUUCUUCUCCUGAAAGUUCGUCGCAGACAAUAUCUAUCAAGCAGAGCUGAAGAACUUUACCACCAGGUUUGUGAAAUACUGGAGGAGAAUGCGUUGACGUCGAAUAGUAUAAAUGGGGAACGCGAACCUUGGGUUGUUGCUUCUAGGUUACGAGAUCAUCUUAUUUUGCCUAGAGAGAGGAAGGACCCUGUGUUAUGGAAAAAGGUAGAAGAAUUGGUUCAGGAAGAUUCUCGAGUAGAUCGUUAUCCAAAGCUUGUGAAGGGUGAAUCAAAAGUAGUAUGGGAAUGGCAAGUUGAAGGCUCUUUGAGUUCCUCAAGGCUGAGAAAAAAAGUAGAGGCAAGCAAAUUGAAGUCUGCUGAAGGCAUGGGCAUAAAUUCUGAUCAACAACGCAAUGCAUUGGAAGCUGACAACAAAUUGCAUGCAGAGCCUAAGGCACUGACUUUUUGACGUGGGGUCAGCGUCCUCUCUCAACCCCAUUUGCUGAAACAACUCAGAGCCUAGCCAAGGCCUUUUGUAAUAUUAAGUCUAGCUCUUUCUUUUGUACUUUAUUGGGGAUGGAACAAGACGUCUGACUGAUGGGAAUUUUGUAACCUUACGAUUGAAGAAUAUAUUAUAGAGCUUGUAUCAGGUUUCGAGAUAGUUCAUAAGGUCCGGUUAUAUCCUGUAGACCAGUGUUCUGUUUGGGUCCUGUGAAUAAUUUAGUCAAUACAAGUUUUAGAUUGUCAUUUCA